UCAGGCUCUGGACGUGUCACUUUUAACAAUCAGCGCAGUUACCUGAAGGCUGUGUGCGCAGCGUUUGUGGAGAUCAAAACCCCCAAGUUUACAAAGAAGGUCCAGAUCGACCCGUACCUGGAAGACUCCAUGUGUCAAGUUUGCCUUCGCCAACCCGGGCCUUUCUUCUGCAGAGACCAGGCCUGCUUCAAGUACUACUGCCGCUCCUGCUGGCACUGGCAGCACUCCAUGGACAUCUUGAGCAACCACCGGCCCCUCAUGCGCAACCAGAAGAACAGGGACUCUAGCUAGAGCAGAUGGAUCCAAACACUCUGAAGGGCCGGAGAGAAGAGCCCCUCGACGAGGAUUGGGGGGGGGGGGGGGGGCCGUGAGGCUGCCCGCCAAGGAGAGAGAGCACGUGUGCCGGAUGUCCCUCGGCACGGGGGUCACCACAGCACUCCACCAGGCACUGGGGGGGUAUAUCACUGUAGAGAGAUGUUCACUUUUGCACUUUUGCGCUACAUUUUUGCUGUUCACAGUGGCACGAUGCACAGUGACCUUGUUGGAGCAGGGGGGAGGGGGGGGAGACGAGGGUGCCCUUCACACUUAUGCAUUUUUUUCCAGACUUGCAGCCGGACGGAAAGAUGAGAGUCCGCCGACGGUUAAAGAAGUGGAUGAAAAUGCCAUUUCUUGUUUUGUUUUUUUUCGUUUUUUUUUCUCUGUUUGUGUUGCAUAGUGAAGAGCAGUCACGCAAGUCUCAUUGCCGUUCAUUGGCAAAUGCCAUACAGUGCCUUUAACUUUUUAUUUUUCUCCCCCCCCUUCCACUGCUCCUCCGCCCACCCUAACCCCCGGCUGGCAUCUGUUUUUUCCUGUGCAAGCCAGCUGGUGUUUCUUACUUUUGGGAGUUGAAUGUUGGGCUUCAUUUAACCAGUCGCAUUUCAGACAUUUUUACGCAGUUUUUUACUAAUUUGUACACAAACGGUUUUAAGUCAUGACAUGAAAAUUUUGAACAGAAUUCUACCAGGCGGCUGUUUUUUGGGGAAAACCCCUUUUUUUUUUUUUUUUUUUUUUUUUCCUCAUACAAUUUUUCUGUAGCGUUUUUUCCUUUUUUAAUUUGCCCUCCCAAAUUUCAACUGAACGGGCACAAAAUGUUGGAAGUACUACUUUAACUUGCUUUGUUGGUCCAGUUAUAUUAAAUGUAAGUAUCAAUAGUACUGGAUAUGCCUCAGCUGUCCAUCAUUUCUCGAGCACCUGAUGGAUCCUGUUGAGACUAGAGUGAAUGAGCAUUUGAUUGUACAUGGUUUUGGGUUUUCCUUUUUUGCGCACUUUUUAAUUUGCACGUGUGGAGAGGUGGCAGUGGUUUUUAAUCGCUUUUGUACAUCAGCAGGGGGACGCGCCUACGUUAGAACAGCUGCUAGUUUCCUGUUGAAUGUAAGAACUUCCACUUAGCUGAUGAUAAAUUCAAUCGAUCCAGAGCUUGAGUAGACCCCAGUAAAUGAUUCCAACGCUUUCUUAUCCCAUUUCUGCCUUCCUGUUCCAGUUGGGACAUAAAUGCAUAAUAAGCUGUGUGCCAAAGACUUGAGUGUCUUUUCUUUAUCCAUUAAGUUUGUCAUGCUGAGCUUGUUGUCCCUUGGCCCAGCUGCUUUUUAGAGUUUUGAAAGUCUACCUCAUUGUGGUCUGCCAAGUUUGCUGCUACUUACAGUUGUGGAGUUUGUUCAGAUUGGGCACAAUAAAGGUGUUUAAGCAUUA